AGUGACUGAACCUACUAAAAAUGUGCUUUUGCUGCCUGACAGUAGUUGAGUGGAUUAUCUUUUUUUCAAGGUGUGACUGCUAAAGCAACGGGAGUUUUUUUGCAGGGAGGGGAACACAAGAGGACAAAAUAAUUUUUUUGCUAUCAAAGUUACCAUUACUAAAGCUAAGUUAGUGUUCUGAAAGGUGAAUUCUAAAGCUUAGGUAUGGGUGGGUUGUUGUUUGUUUGAGGUUUUUUCACUUCAAUGGUGUGUUUCAGAUCUUUGAAUUGUCCUUAAAACUUUGAAAAUUUUGGGUGACUCCAUUUCAGCUUGAUGUCCUCAGACUGUCUUGUUUGAAAUUAAUUGUACUCAAAAUCCUAUUUACAGUAAGUAGGCUGCACAGUCUUAACUGAUAAAUUUAUUCAUAAUAACAGAAGACAGCACUGCUGUUCUGCUGUGUACAAGAGGAGGUAUUAGCUACUAUGCAGGAGCCUGGGGAAUGUUCUUUCUACCAGUCCAAAUUUUGAAUUCGAAAAAGAUCAUGCCACAGAUUGUUCUCAUCCGUGGUGUUGGUUGGACUUAGGUUUUGUGGGGUCUCCCCCAAAUCUGAGACUAUGUGAGGUUUAUGUAUGCUUAACUAAAUGGCUGAGGGCACACUGUAAUCGGUGUCAGUACAACAUCAAUCAGAUCAGACUAAAUCAGUCUUUAAACACAUGCAUGCAGCAAAUGUUGACACAUGCACGCCCCAUUCCUUUUCCUGAGGUUGCUACCUUCAGCUAGCUGUUAGUGCCCUUCUCCAGGAGGCACCUGCAGGAGAUCUGGCAGCACUGGAACAUGCAAACACUUCAGUACAAAGUCUGAUUGCUCAGCCUGAGCUGUAGCAGGAGGGGCCUGAGUUAAGCUAUUGGACUUUGUAUUGAAGCAGCUGAGGAGCACUCACAUAUCCUUGCUGUUUCCCUGCUGGGAGGCACAACCUUUGCAUUAGAGGUAAUACAACAGAAAUGGUAAAAGCGAAACUCUUUUGGUUUCUAGCUGGUUGCCCAACUGAAAGAUGUUAAAUUUUAAAUUAUUAUACUAAUGCUGUGCAGAACCAUAUUAUUUCUUAGUUCUUGUGUAAUACAGCAUACAGAUUUUGUUCUGUGAAAAGGGGUGCUGAAACAACAGGAGCAGAAGGAAGAGGGAGAAAUUAUUUGAAAAAUCCAUUAUAAAUUUGAGAAUAUCAGCUGUAUUAAUCUGAUACCAAUUCAAGAUAAAUGAUGGUUUUAAUAAAAUUACAUGCUGCUGUUCAUCUAGGAGCUGAAGCUGCCCUCCUACAAAGGCCAAUCUCCCCAGUUACAUCUGAGAAGAUACUUUGCAGAUCUGAUUGCCAUUGUGAGCAAUCGGUUCAGACUCUGUCCUGCUGCACGACAUCUAGCUGUGUAUCUGCUGGACCUCUUUAUGGAUCGUUAUGACAUAUCUAUACAGCAGCUGCAUGUGGUUGCUCUUUCCUGUUUACUUUUAGCAAGUAAAUUUGAAGAAAAGGAAGACAGUGUUCCCAAACUUGAACAGUUGAACAGCUUGGGUUGUAUGACUAACAUGAAUUUGGUACUAACAAAACAGAAUUUACUUCAUAUGGAGUUGUUGUUGCUAGAAACAUUUCAGUGGAAUUUGUGCCUCCCAACUGCUGCCCAUUUCAUCGACUAUUAUCUUUCUAUUGCUGUCCAUGAGACUGAUCUUCAUGAUGGCUGGCCAAUGGUUUGCUUAGAGAAGACUAAGUUAUAUAUGGCAAAAUAUGCUGAUUACUUUCUGGAAGUAUCACUACAAGAUCAUGCAUUUUUAAAUUAUGCCCCUUCUUUAGUUGCUACUGCAUGUGUAGCUUCUUCAAGGAUUAUCUUGCGUCUCUCACCAACAUGGCCUACCCGACUGCAUCAUCUUACUGCAUACUCCUGGGACUUCCUAGUGCCAUGUAUUGAGCGACUAUUAAUUGCGCAUGAUAAUGAUGUGAAGGAAGCAAACAAGCAAAAAGGACAACAUGCUCAGUCUGCCCAACAUACUGUAUUUCAGACCCCAGCUCCAACUCCCCAGCAGGCUAAUGCUCAACAGCACAUACCACAGUAUCUCCAAGCUCAUCAGUCUUCAUUACAGUAUCACCAUCAGACAUCACAGCAGCAAAACUGCCAACAGAUAUUAUCAUCUACUCAUACGGCAUCUUACCAACUUCAGACUUGCCCUGCUGCCUUACAGUCAAGCGUUCAGGCUCGAGGCCAUGCACAGACUGGUGCUGCAAUGUCACUAGCUGUUCCGCUAGAAGUGAAGCCAUGUAUAAGUGUCUCCUACAACCGGAGUUACCAAGUGAAUGGACGAUAUUCCUGCGUCACUUCCUGCUUUGAGAGGUGAUAAGUACAAAAUGGCUUUGUGCUUGUUUGUUUGGAGGGGGAAGUUGUGUUGAGGGCAAUUGUUUUGUUUUUUUGUUAAACCUCAAGUAAGUUUGAGGGCAACAAAUUGAAUAAAAAAAAAAGUGUCUUUCCAGAAAAAAGCAACUGGAUUGGCAACCAGUACCAUAGCUCAAAUACGGACUGCAAAAAAUAAGCACACAGAACACCCUCUAAAAACAAUGUGUAUACCUGUGGGUAAUAAGUCCUUACUUUGGCACUCAGAAUACUCUGUGCUUCUAAUGCACAUCUUUAAAAUACUAGUCAAAAGAAAAAUAGCUGUGGACUAACUACAGACUUGCCUUUUAAUGAAGGAGAUAUGCAGUAUUAUUUUGAAGACAUUUAUGUAAUACCACCAUACAGUAUUAACACUUACUUUAAAUUUACUGAAACAAGAAUCCACUGAAUGCCAGACUUCUCCAGGUGCAUGGGGACCACAGGAAAAAACAAAUCUCAUCUGGCUAACUCUUAUACUCUUGCCCCAUUUUCAGCACUCGUGUUGGAUAUUUGCUUUAAGCCAAGGCAUUUGAGUUAACUGGUAUUUUGGCUAGUUUUAAAUUUUUGUACCUCACAGGAUAGACGCUAUGUUUUUGCUUCUCUUCUCCUCCCUAUCCUUUUUAUGUUUAAAGUAACUCUUUCAUACUAACUCAGGGAAUUGUCUACUCAUACUUUGUGCUGCUGGUUUGUACACUUAAUUGGGUAUAACUUGAGGGAGGGAGGUAGAAAGGGAGGAGACUAUAGCAAGUGGAGCAGCUUUUCUUCAGGGCAUCUAUCUAUAUGCAGAGUACCAAAGGGAUAUGUUAGUGUUCACAGAAUAUAGAUGUGAACUACUACCCAGCAGUGUGGUAUUGAGUAAUUGAGAGGGAGUUUCAGCUGAACUUGUACUGUACCAGAACUACUACAGUGGCUGUGAUUCCUCUUUUGUACAUACACAUGUGUAUUAUUAACCAACAGAAAGCAUCCUCCAAUUGUACUGACAGUAACAGUAUCACACACACAAAAAAAAAAAGAGUACAGUUAAAUGCUUCUAGAAAUGCAGUUCUGUCAGGCUUAGUGGAGGGAAAUUCUCAGGUAAUAGUGGGGCAACUUCUUCUAUUUGAGAGUUCUAGAAGAAAAUGUGGAGGUUUACUCUUAUAAAGGGGUAGACAAAAAUAUAUUGCAGAGUGAACUGCUUUAUCACAAUUAAGGUGCUAAUUACAUGACUCUAUGGAAUUACACUAUCUCCUGUGGAGUUGUCUGAAGGUAAAGCUUCAUUCAUCCAACUCUUAAAUGAAAAUGGUGGUAGAGAUAUUAAUGGAAGAUUUUUUUCUUUUUUUUUUAAAUACAAGAAAAUACCUGACUUCCUCCUGUGGCACAAUAGGGGAAGAAGAGGUAUGGAUGACAGGAUUCUUAAUACUUUAGAAUAUCUUUAUUUUCUGUGGACUCAAGGCUUUUUUGUUCUUUUACCACCUUCUCCCCUGUCUUAGUGGCAGCACUUAAAAUUGUGUACCAUCUAAGGACACUGAAGUAUUGUGAAUCUUGCAGAGUGUUUUGAAGGCAGGGGAAAUUAUAUAUUAUCAAUAUUAAGAUGAAGGCUUUAUUGCAGGAGACAGGGUCUUACCCUUACGUUCAGAAUGGAGGGAGGACAGCAGUGUUCUUUAUUUCUGGGGCUGAAUUGAUGACAUGCUACAAAAACCUAUUUACUGUUGAGGAGAAGAAAUCCUGUUUCUCUUGUUUUUUUGCGUAAGUCCCAAUUUUUGUUGUGGGCUUUUGUAGCAUAUAUGUGCAAGUCAAGAGGGAUAGAAGGGUGAAUGAAAGAGAUAACCCUCUCUACUUUAUGCUAGAGAAUCAACUUUGAAAUAGGCAUAGUGUGGUCAAUUCUUAAUUAAAGUGCAAGUUGGUUUGGUUUGGGUUUGGUUUUUUUUUUUCAUCUCUUAAUGAGUAUUUCCCCAUGUCUGAGAGUAGUGUUAAGUAGAGACUUUCCACCUCCUAAGAUGCCAUGCUUUUUAUUCAGCAUUGUUACCCAUUUAAGACAGAAGUGGACUUCUUUCUGCUAGUUUCAUUUGUUUGCAACACUAUAUCCAGGUCCUCAGUGCUCUAACUACCUCUGAUACUAUGAAUGUACAGUCUUCUAAUAGGCCAUGACUUGAAAUAACAGCAGAUGCCUGUAGCAAUUUUUUCUGUAAAAUCUUUAAAUCAUCUAAUUUGUCAUCUUUGUGACACAGCAGUAUAGACUUUUUUGGGGUAUUAGUAAACUUAUCCCAUAGGCAUUUGAUAUAUAAAAAUUUAACUAAUACUUAACACUGGAAUUAUAAUGGGCGGGGGGCUUAUUCAGUUAGUUAAUACUGCAAAAUUACAUUUAAUAGGGUAUUUUUAUUUGACUAUUUUAAGACAUUAGGUCAACUGUAAAAAGAUCCACUACAUGCUGUUUGUUUCUAAUUUAUUACCUAGUCUGAGUUUUUUCUGACACUACAGCUGCAUAAUGACUACAGAGAAAAAGUACACUGAAUAGUUUCAAUGUUAUUUAAAAGGGCUUUACCAGUGUACCUUAACAAUACACUGUUCUUACUAUUAGAACCAAAAUGUGAUUUUUAUGGCAUAAAUAAGAGUGGUGCUUCUAAAUGCAAAAUGUCCAAAACAAUGGAAUCUUUGUGAGUGCUAUGCAUUCAACUUAUUUUUAAAAAUAAAACUAGUUUUGAG